CAGUGCAAAUAGUGCACAUCAGCAGGCGUCGGAGCAUCUUCCUCAUCCUCAUCUCCACCGAGCGCGUCUCGGCGUGACAUUGUCAACGGAAGCUGGGCGCAUUCAUCCUACCUCCCGGCGCGCACUUUUUUUUUUUAGUCUUAGCCCCGCUGCGUGGGAGACCGUCCCGUCCUCUCGGCACCCUUCGGCUCAUUUAUCCCCGGUUGGCUUGAAUAUUUCAUUGGGAAAAAUGGCGGUCUGCGCUCAGUUGUACGGCGUAUUGUGCCUCUUCAGCGUCCCGACAGUGCUUCUCAUGUGCGUGUGCACGCCGACUGCCGGGACGCACCUCUUCCCGCAGCACUACACAAUGAUUCACUGGGCUGGACGCAUCGAGAAGGAGCUGGAAAAAGUUCUGCAGCACGUCACCGGAACUCAGCAAAUGAGAUCGAUUUAUAACGAGAAGAAAAGCCAGUUUGAAAUCAAGAGGAACAACCCCAAGGACCUGGUGGAGAGAGUGGCACGGGACAUUUCCAAGCUGCUAAACAGCAAGAGGAAAGCCUUGGAGAAACUGGCCAGAGAGGCGGAGCAGCUUCAGAAGGAUCACGAAUGGCAAGACGGCGUCACGGAGAAUCUCAUUUCAUACUACGAUUCCAAAGCCGAUUCAGACUAUACAGAGGAUGGAGAAGAAGAGAAUCCCCUGGAGAGCGCGUCCUCCGUAGAGUUGGAGUUUGUGGAAGAUCCUAACUUCAAAAACAAAGUCAACUACUCUUCCAGCGCCGUCCAGAUUCCAACCGACAUCUACAAAGGCUCUCCCGUCAUCCUGAACGAGCUGAACUGGACGCAGGCGUUGGAGCGAGUGUUCAUGGAGAACCGUCGAGAGGACAGUUCCCUGCGCUGGCAGGUGUUUGGCAGCGCUACAGGCGUCACUCGCUACUAUCCAGCCACUCCAUGGAGAGCACCCAACAAGAUCGACCUCUACGAUGUCCGCCGACGACCCUGGUACAUUCAAGGUGCGUCCUCGCCAAAGGACAUGGUCAUCAUCGUGGACGUGAGCGGUAGUGUCAGCGGCCUCACACUAAAGUUGAUGAAGACUUCGGUCAUCGAGAUGCUGGACACGCUCUCAGAUGACGACUAUGUGAACGUAGCCAGAUUCAACGAGAAGGCGGACGCUGUGGUUCCGUGCUUCAGAACUUUGGUCCAAGCCAACGUGCGCAACAAGAAGAUCUUCAAGGAGGCCGUCAUGCACAUGCAAGCCAAAGGAACCACAGAUUACAAGUCUGGCUUCACGUUUGCCUUCGAACAGCUUCUCAAUGAGAGCAGCGCUCCGAGGGCCAACUGCAAUAAAAUGAUUAUGAUGUUUACAGAUGGUGGGGAGGAUCGGGCACAGGAAAUCUUUGAGAAGUACAACUGGCCCAACAAAACGGUGCGUGUUUUCACCUUUUCGGUGGGCCAACAUAAUUAUGACGUCACUCCCUUGCAGUGGAUCGCAUGUGCCAACAAAGGUUACUACUUUGAAAUCCCGUCCAUCGGCGCCAUCAGAAUCAACACCCAGGAGUACCUGGACGUGCUGGGCAGACCCAUGGUGCUGGCUGGCUCCAGAGCCAAACAGGUCCAGUGGACCAAUGUUUACCAAGAUGCUUUGGGUUUGGGUCUUGUCAUCACGGGGACAAUGCCGGUCUUCAACCUCACCGCUGACACAGCAAGCUCUCAGAAUCAGCUCAUCCUGGGAGUCAUGGGAGUAGACAUUGCCAUCAACGAAAUCAAGAAGAAGACCCCUACAUACAGACUGGGAGCCAAUGGCUACACCUUUGCUACGGAUCCAAACGGUUAUGUCCUGCUUCAUCCCAACUUGCAACCAAAGAUCAUUAACUUCAGAGAGCCGGUCACUCUGGACUUUCUAGAUGCUGAACUGGAGGACAACAACAAAGAGGAGAUCAGAAGACAAAUGAUUGAUGGCAAAUCGGGGCAGAGGAAAAUCAAGACGCUCAUUAAGUCGGUUGAUGAGAGGUACAUUGACGAGGCCGUGCGGACGUACACGUGGACGCCUGUGGACGGCACUGACUACAGUCUGGGGUUGGUGCUGCCCACUUAUAGUGAGAACCACAUCAAGGCCAACCUGAGUGACCAGAUCCUGCAGGUGCAGUUGUCAUACAUCAAGGAUUUUGAGUCACUGCUGCCAAACAGUUUUGAGUCUGAAGGACAUGUAUUCAUUGCUCCCAGGGAGUACUGCAACGAACUGGAAUUGUCCAACAACAACACGGAAUUCCUGCUCAACUUUAUUGCGCUCAUGGAGAAAGUGACCCCGGACUCCAAACAAUGUGACAAUUUGCUGCUUCACAACCUGAUCCUGGACACGGGCAUCAUCAGGCAGCUGGUGGACAAAGUGUGGAAGAACAAAGACUUGAACACGUAUGGCUUCCUGGCCGUGUUUGCUGCCACUGACGGAGGAGUAACCAGAGUGUUCCCCAACAAAGCGGCAGAGAGCUGGGAAGAAGACCCAGAGCCGUUUAACGCCAGCUUUUACCGCCGCAGUCUGGACAACAAGGGCUACAUCUUCAGAGCGCCUCAUCGCACAGUCCGAGACGAGCUUCUCAACCCGGACAACGACACCAUCGGCAUCCUUGUCAGCACGGCGGUGGACAUCACGGUGGGAGGGAAGACCAUCAAACCAGCGGUUGUUGGAGUCAAACUGGACCUUGAAGCCUGGGUGGACAAGUUCAAGAUUCUUGCCAGUAACCACACUGACAACCGCCAAAGCUCACACACGUGUGGACCAAACAAGGGCUGUGAGAUGGACUGUGAAGCCAACAGUGACGACCUGCUGUGUUAUUUGGUGGACGACGGAGGCUUCCUGAUCAUGUCCAACCAGAAGGACGACUGGAACAAGGUGGGCAUGUUCUUCAGCGACGUGGACCCCUACUUGAUGUUCGCGCUCUACAACAACUCCUUCUACAACCGCAAGCAGUCCUUUGACUACCAGUCAGUUUGUGAGCGUGUGCCCAACAGCGAGGCUGGAGCUGCACCACGAGGAGUCUUUGUGCCCACAAUCGCAGAUUUCGUCAACUUGGCUUGGUGGACGUCUGCAGCGGCAUGGUCAUUUUUCCAACAGUUCAUUUAUGGACUGGCUUAUCAUAGCUGCUUUGUCACAGAUGAGGUGCAUGCAGAAGGCAUAGACUCCAAAGAGAGAAGUUGUGUGAUGAUCCAGACUCAGUAUUUCCUAAGCAACCUCAGCAGUUCCUACAACAUCCUACAAGACUGUGGCAACUGCUCCAGGUUGAUUCACGCCAAGAAGCUCAACAACACCAACUUGUUGUUUGUCGUGGCUGAGAAGAUGCCGUGUAACACUUGUGAGGUGGACAAGUUGUCCCAGGAGGAAGAAGAGUUCAAGGAGGAGAACCCGUGUGAAGACACAAGUGUGGCUCGUUACAGAAAAGGACCUCCCACCUGCUUUGACAACAACAUCGCUGAGAACACGUCGGACUGUGGGCGGGGCCACACCUUCCAGCCUCCCUUCUACACGUUGCUGCUGAUCCAGCUGUUUCUGCUCUACCCUGUGGUCAGCACUCCCGCCGGACGUCUACUACAUUAACGUAUUUGCACUCUCACGCACACACGUUUAGCUUCUCUCACGACCGCCACGCAACAUCGUCUUAUCGACGACGGCGGCCGGAAGUUCCCCCCUCCCCUUGAGUGCCGCCUUCUAGUCCGUUCGCUUCGCUCACAAUCUUUGUCCUCAGCCACGGUCGUCCCACCGUCCCUCCCACACCAGACCACCGUCAAAGCAAAGUAGACACCUUUCACUUUCACGGGACUUUGUUGAUUUAUGCACUAAUGUAUCUACUUGCCAAAAUGAGAUAGACGUUCAUGUGGUCUUACUUUUCUAGCCAAAAAGACACGUUUAUACCACAAUUACACAUAGAUGACAUCGACUUCUAUAUGUACAUGACAUUUUCAUGUACAUAACAUUUACAUUUAUAUGUGCAUUUACAUAUAUAUGACAUUUAUAUGUACACAACAUUUACACGUGCAUGACGUUUACAUGCACACAACAUUUAUAUUUACAUGUACAUGACAUUUAUAUGUACAUUUACAUGUAAAUGAUAACC